AUGACAAAUAUUAAACAAUCAGUUCGUCCUAAUUGUUGUUUAAUCUGUAAUGCUGAAGCAUUUAUCAUUAAUUAUGGAGCUCUUUCUUGUUAUUCUUGCAAGACAUUCUUCCGUCGUCAUGCACAUCGCGCUAGACUGCUCAAUUCGUGCCGUUAUGACGGAUGCUGUGAGAUCGAUGUCGAAACACGCAAGUUGUGUAUUCCAUGUCGAUUAAUGAAAUGUUUUGCCGUCGGAAUGAGUAUCGAUUUCAUUCGUAAGGAUUUUCAAUACAAAAAAGCUCGACUAACAGCGAAAUUGAAUUCGAAAGAAAUUGUUCAAUUGGAAAAAUUUCAUAAGCCUCUGCCGGAAAUUUUCCCAUUAAAUCUACUUCGCAACGAUCGAUCAUCGCUGACAGCAUUCGAAUGGCGAUUAUUCUCCAAUGUAGUGCAUGCCUUCGAAAGAUUCAGUGUUGUUCCAGCAAUUCAAUAUAUUGUCGGUCAGUUGGACAGUAUAGAACCGAUGAAAAUAGUCGACAUUUCGGAAACAUUCGACUUGUUCAGUUCCUUCUAUACAUUUGUCCAAUCGUUCGUUACUUCGACUGCUGAUUUUCGUGUGUUAACCACUGCUGAACAACGUUCACUGUUUCAACGGAAUUUACAUGGUCUAUUCAAUUUUGCUGGAACACUUAUGUUACGCGACGGAGGGAUAUUUGAGAGUUAUAAAAAUGAGACAAUUAUUGUGCCUUUAUAUGGUUACGAGGCUGUUCGAAAAGCUAGAUCAAUCAUCAAACGGCUCGGUUACGAUUCGACUCUAGCGAAAGCUAUGAUAGCCGUAUUUGCUUUCUCAACCAAUUGCUUUACUGUGGAUUUCGACAAAGAUCUCCAACAAGAUGCACUGCUCUAUGGAGAAUUUCGUCUACUUGGCAGUCAAAAUAUGUAUGUAGAAAUUCUAUGGACAUAUAUGUUGUAUCGAUAUUCGCAUAUGGAAGCUGCGCUUCGGUUUGCUGGUCUUGUUAAACAUAUGUUAGAUUUGAUCAUACUAUCAUCAGAUAUUUACACGGAAAAUAUUUAUCAUCAACAGCUCGUCGAUGACGUAGUCGAACAAGCAAAAAACACAUUAACGUUGUCUGAUGUCGAUGGAACUCCAUUGUGGGGUAAAUUAGAUUUUUAA